AUGCUCGAUCUGAAGGACAAUCUGGGCAUCAGCUACGCGGCCAUGUCCAACGCCUUCAGCGCCAUGUGCAUCGGCAUCUGCACCGGCGCCCUCAGCACCGGCGCCCUCAGUCGGGUGGUGCCCAGUCGGGAGCUGUCCGCCUUUAUAUUGUUGCUUAUCAGCGCCUCGCUUGUGAGCAGCUACACCUACUGGCUCGACUAUCGCCACUUUGUAGGGGCGAACUUUGCCGUGGGCGUCACCACGGGGGCGGCUAUAGCGACCUGUGAGGCCUGGAUUCUCGAACUUUGGGGCAAGGACUGCGGACCGUGGAUGCAGGCGCUGCAGUUUUUUAGAGGUCUGGGGUAUAUUAUCGGCCCUGUGCUGGCGGAUCCCUUCUUGAGCUUGGAGGUGGAGGAUCGAGAUGGAGAAGGAGACCUAAACGCCACCGAACCUAGCUCAUUAUCUUCAACACCUUCUUCACCAACUGAGGAAAUUUUUCAACCACAAACCACCACCACCUCCGUGCCGUACAACUCCGCCAUCCACAUACCGUACCUUAUCAACGCCGGCCUCCUCUUCCUAGGAGCCGCCCUACUUCUAGGACUCUACGCCUACCGACUCUUCAAAACUUCCGGCUCCUGCGGCGGCGGCUCUUCGACCUUUGACCUUACAAAAG